CUUUCCACCUCAGAGAAGGACGGAGGCUGCGAGGAUGAGCGGGUGGAGGCUGCCGGGGCGCUGGGUCCGGGCGGCGCUGGCGGUGGCGGCCGCCGCGCUGGUCAUCCAGGCACUGCGCCAGAGCUGGCUCUCCUCCCCGGGCAGGCGCUUCCAGUUCGAGCCCGAGGAGAUCGCCCGCGUCGCCAGGCACCACGCGGGGUUGGACCAUGAGCAGGCGUUUUCCAAGAUCAUUGUGGAAUUGCGCAAGAGGCACCCUGGGCACAUCCUUCCAGAUGAAGACUUGCAAUGGGUGUUUGUCAAUGCUGGUGGCUGGAUGGGUUCCAUGUGCCUACUCCAUGCUUCCUUCUCUGAGUAUGUCCUGCUCUUUGGCACAGCUGUGGACACUGGAGGACACUCGGGUCGAUACUGGGCUGAUAUUUAUGAUACGGUUAUAUCAGGGACCUUUCGGCAGUGGAAAGAAGGAACAACGAAAAGCGAGAUCUACUACCCAGGAGACUCCAUUGUCCAUCACUCUGGAGAGGCCACAUCAGUGCAGUGGAGUGCCGGCACUUGGAUGGUGGAGUAUGGCCGUGGCUUCAUCCCCUCCACACUCGCCUUUGCCCUCGCUGACACGGUUUUCAGCACUCAGGACUUCCUCACGCUCUACUAUACUGUGCGUGUUUAUGCCAAGGCGUUGCUCUUGGAGGCCAAUGCCUACUUCAGUGACACAAGCUAGUGAGCCCUGGCUUCUCAGCUCUCUUCCACCUAUUUGUUUUGGAAUGGCAGGAGCUCCUUUCACCCCACCUCCCUUUGGCUGUAUCGUGUCAUAGAGGGCUUGGUGCAGCUCAUGUCCUUAUUCCUGUCCAUCCACAUGAGGUUGGGAGCAUGGUAGAUAUUUCAGCAAAUAAGGGGGGUGUCAAACAGAGCAGUCAUAUAUAACCCUAGAUCUAUAUUUCUUAAUACCGGAAUGUCUUUCUCCCAUGUAUUUCUGUAAAUAGAUGUCUGCUGUCUUUGCCAUGCUCUUUGUGGAAUUAGCAUGACCGAACAUUCAGGGUAUCUUGAGGCUAUAUAUAAGAGAAAGAGAAAAAUAAUAAUUCUCUUAACAUGUUUACAUGGUCUUAGUAUGAUAGAGCCUCCAAAGACGUAAUCUACCAGGUUCUGAUGAUGCACAACUUUGGCAUUUUCAGGUGGGCAGGUGCUUGAUCAUUUCCCCCACCUCACUGAAAUGAACUGAGGUUGAGCAACAGCAGAGCAUGGAAAAUCUAUUCCUUAAAGUAUAUAUUUGCACUACUGUGGAACAUGGGCAAUAGAGACUUCCUGUCAAAUUCACUCUAAUCCCUAUCCCUCAUUUGGAGCCAGCUCAGUUUUUUUGAGAUUGAACAUGGGUUAUCUUCAUAUUUCUGGCUUAGUCGAUAGAUACGAUAAUUAAAUUCUAGACACCCUGUGAUUGUGGGGUGGGUGGGAUUUGUUUCAGUUACACAUUGUGUUUUGAGUUCUGUCAGAUUUCUGUUCUGCAGGAAUGGCUUACGUUGUGUUUCUCUGAAAGAUCCUGUUCUUUCAACAAGCCUGUCCUGCUACAUUUCUAGAAAAAACAAGUUUGGUUUAACAUGCUUCCUUUAUCUCUCACUGAAUUAAUUUAUGCUGCUGAAGUUAAUCUGGAUCAGAACCAGUUAUAUAAUGCAAUUACUUCUCAAUUUGCACUGCUAACCUAAUUUACCCUAUAAUCUUAAUGGUUAGUUAGAAAUGAAAACCUACAGGGUCAGUAAUUAGAACAGAUUUCCUUCUGCCCCUUCACCCCUUUUCAAAAGACCUUAUCCAUGUUGAGAGCCACCAUCCAUUGCCUUAACUUAGAGCCUUACUCCGGUGGCUAGUUGAGCUAUGCACACAUGUAUUUAUAUAUAUGUGUAUAUAUAUUAUAGAUAUAUACCGCCUGGUAUCUUGCAGGAUUCAGGUGGCAGUUGUUCCCGAGGAUGCCUUUUGAAUGAGCCCUUUGACAAGUGUAAUAGCUUCACAGUUUGUCUAGAAUCUCUUUCUUUUCCUUCUGUGGUUCUUGAUACAGCUGAGCUGAAACUCUGAAUUAUCUGACCUUUAGCUUGAAAUUCAGAUGGCAGGACCAAACGCAAGGAUUAUUUGGAGGGAGUAGUAGAAUUGGAUAAAUGACUGAUAAGGCUUUACUGGUAUGUGAUAUCAUUGUGGCCCUUGCCCCUUUUCUCCAUUUUCUCAACAGAACCAGAUCUUGCCUUGGUGACAGGCUUCAGUUUUUUCCAAUAAUGUCCUAUCAUGCCAGGGUCCUCGAGAAGGAAAAUUAGUAUCUGUUAAGAGCAAGAGCUACCAUUAAGGGUCUUCUCUGUCUUUUUGUCUCCUUCCAUUACCCUUCAUAAGUCCUCCAUCCUUUCAUGGUCUGCAAAUGGAAUCAUUAUAUCACUAACUCAUAAUGGUCUGAGAAUUUUUUAACUUUACUUGCUCCUGCUGCUACCUCAUUGGCAAAUGCCUGGUUCUCCUUUAAAUUGCUGAUUCUGCUGAAAGAAUCACUCUUCCCUUUAAACAGAACGUUACUCCAAAUAUUAAAGGCAACAGAAGCUUUCCUUGUCUCUCCCAGUUCUUGUUCUCUGAAAGCAUCAGAAACUGUCUCAAGCCACUUUUCUCAUACAAACAGGGAGUACCAUUGCUAUUAUAGAUCAAACUGUAGCCAUCCUUUUGCAUUUUUUCAAUCAUUGGAGAUUCUCUUUUCCUAAACAUGGUUGAAAUCAAACCAUUUGUUCUGCCGGCCUCCCUAUUAGCACCCAUCCUUGCACUUUUCUUCCUGUGGAUUGGCUGCAGUGGUCAGAAGUGCAAGUACAAAGCAGUCACUUCUCCCAGCUUUGAGGUACCAGCAACAACCUUAGCAGUACAGUAACUCCUGUUCACCAGGGAACAGAAAAGAUGUGGGGUAUUCAAGAGAGUAUUCACCUGCAACAUUAAGUCUUGUUUCCCUCCACCAGCAGCAACAGAGUCAAGGAGACUGCAUGGCCCAAGAUAGUCUUGUCUUUUCUCUUUAGUGAAUGUGUUGGCUGGCAGGUGACUAGUGUAACUGACUACUUCUCAACUCAUCUCCCAAGGAGGAAUCAUAUAAGCAUCUUCCUUUGUAGCCUAUAAUAAUGUCCAUAAGCUUAGGCAGGGGUGGGAAUCAUGCAGUGCUCCAGGUGUUCUUGGGCUGCAACUUCCAGUAUUCCUCACCAUUAGCUGCUCUGGCCAGCGUUGCAGUCUAGCCAUAUCUGGAGGAUUAGAGCAAGGGGAUGAUUUCCAAAUAAGUGCAGCUGAUUAGUGCAUUUUGGAACCCAAGCAAGCCCCUUGUCUUCUCCCCCACCUUUCAUGUUUGUGUCAGGAUGUGGUAAUAGAUUGCAGUGAGUCACCUUGCUUUCAGGCUCCAUCUGGCCUGGUUUCUGCUAGCCCUUCUUUGUGGAGCAAUCCCAAGGGCUAUCAUUAGCAGCAUGGCAUAGGUGGCCAAAAAUAUGCAGUCUCUUUAACCUUGUAACCAUCAGGCAGACAUGUAGCAUGUAUCUGGUUUCUGUCUUGGUUAGUACAAAUGUAUCUUGAAUACGUAUCAGAUCUUGGUUCUUUCAUUUGCCAACCAUUGCUGGAGAGUAAAUCAGUCUGUAUGAUUGUUAAACAAACAAAAAUACAAUGGACCAUGAUUCUAUUGUC